UUGAACGUUUUUGCUAGAAUAUCUGCGUGUUUUGAAUCUGUAGCAGUGACCGUGAACCUAACACCGCAGUCUCCGUUGCAAUAGCAGUGUUGCGUUCACGGACCGUCCGUUUUCUGCCCUGCGUCUCCGCCUGCCUGCUCCCUUCCCGGCGCGGUUGCUACGUCACCGUCGCGUCCUCCCGUCACUGCAGGCUGCGAUGGCGGAGGUGGACGAAACCGACACAAUGAUGGAGUACCACGGCGAUUUCCUGAAAACGAGCAAGAAGAGCAACCGCUACCCUUUCUGCAUCGUGUGGACCCCCAUCCCGCUGCUGUCGUGGGUGCUCCCCUUCAUCGGUCACAUGGGCAUCUGCACCUCCUCUGGAGUCAUCCGAGACUUUGCAGGAUCCUAUUUUGUGUCUGAGGAUAAUAUGGGGUUUGGCCGCCCUACAAAGUACUGGAAGCUGGAUGUGGACAAAGUGUGUGGUAAUGGUGCAGCCACAUGGGACAAAGCAGUGCACGAUGCAUCUGAGGAAUACAAAUGCAGGCCGCACAAUCUGUGCUUCGAUAACUGCCAUUCUCAUGUUGCCUUGGCCCUCAACCUCAUGCGGUAUGACAACAGCACAUCUUGGAACAUGGUGAACCUGUGUGCCCUGUCUCUCAUUUAUGGAAAACACGUGAGCUGGGCCGCGUUCCUCAAGACUUGGCUGCCCUUCGUCAUGCUCAGCGGAGUCCUGGCCACCUUCAUCCUCACCUUCCAUUUACAGUAGUGUGGCGGCUCUGGUUCUGCUUCAAUAUUUCAUUCCCCCUUCAGGGAUUAAUAAACUACCUUUGUCUGUACGCAUCAUGUACUGUCACUUGUUAACAUCGAUUGUACGAAAGCCAAAAGGAAAACAGACUUUUUAAAAUGUUGUGAUGUGUGGUGAAUUUCGUUUUACUUUGCUUUAUUUUUUAAAUGAUUUCUAAAUAAAUUAGCCGUGUUACUUUAUUUUCAGUAUUUUUCUGUAAUAAUUUAAAAACAUUUGUCUUCCUGCAGCUUUGUUCUUUCAAUCCCUGAAAAUAAUGUCAUUAAGGAAUUUUCCCAUUGGAUCCAAAGAAAUGGGUUUGCUGAGGUCUAUUUUUCAUGAGACGCCCCUGAUGAAUGCGUCUUCAGACUGGCUGCAGUUGAUUUCUGUGACGGAUCCCGGCGAAAUGGAUCUAGGAAUCCUAAUGUUGAAAGUCCUCAUCAAUUAUUUGUCCGAUAGAUAUGAGCCGCUACCAAAGAUAGAAUGAUGGAAGGUCCUCGCAGGAGGAAUUGUGGGACAUUUUGUAUGCUCAGCAAAAAUGCGUUACAUUUCACCUUUAUUUUCUAUAGUAAUACAAAUGUGCAGCUUCACCAUGAAAUGUUUAGAUAAAUCUGCAAAAUUGUAAAUGGGUGACUUUUUUUGUGCAUUAUUUAUCAUUCAUUAUCAGUGUUGGAUUUGUAGAUUUUGCUGGAAGACGGUGGUGUAGGUCACAGGCUGUGCACGCCCUAAUCAUCCUCUGUACCUUUAAGGGAGCCGGGCAUCUUUUUCAUCCAGCAGAUUCAGUGAGAUAUGAACUACCAUCAGUCUACUGGAGCCCUUAUUCCCACAGUGGAGCGGAUGAGGAGACACCGAUGUCGUCCUUGCCGCCUUGUUAGAUUAGUCUGUAAACACAAAAAGCCCCAAUUUUCUCCUCUUUUGUCGUCAUUUGCUUUUAUCAGAAGAUGUGUGUUUUUGCAGUCUUUGUGUUUUGGGGGCUUCUUUUUUUUGCACCCCACCAGCUCUCGGGGUGUCCUUUAUCCUGCGAGUGUUUCGCCGUCACCAGCUCAGUGAAAUGUGUAUCCAAGUCUCUGCUCACAGUGCCGAAAAACAUUCCGGGAUAUGCCAGGACUCUCAUCUUCACAGGGAAUCAUUUACACCAAAUUGGACCAGACUCUUUUACAGAGCUGAAGAAUGUAACUAACAUCAUUUUAAGCAACAACAGGUGAGAAUGUCAGCAUGUUAGUUCUCUUUUAGUUUUGUAUUUUCAGCCUUUUUUUUCUGGAGACUUCCUUUGUGCAAAAUAAAUGAUUCAUAUCCUCA